ACUAGGCCAAGCUGUUUGUUGUGUUUCCAUCUCAGUACACGACACCAGUCGGCCGUGCUAGCUACCGUGCGGUGUACACCAGACUUAGGAUCAGUGUUGGAAUAUUUGAAGAUGGCUUUAGUCAAGCUGUUGGGGGACAAGGUUGUGGGCAAGAAUGGUCAAGUGGCUGUCUCCUCCCUCUCAGACAACGAUGUUGUUGGCUUUUACUUCUCUGCCCACUGGUGCCCCCCAUGCCGUGGGUUUACGCCUGUUCUUGCAGAAUACUACACCAAACUAAGAAAUGCUGGGAAAAAAUUUGAAGUGGUCUUCGUCAGCUCUGAUAGAGAUGAGGCAUCUUGCCAGGAGUACUUUAACAGCAUGCCAUGGUUGUUGCUACCGUAUGAGGAAAGGGAUACAAAGGAUGAACUGUGUUCUUCCUACGGCAUUAGAGGGAUCCCAACACUCGUUCUACUAGAUGCCAAAACUGGGGACACCAUUUCUACAGAUGGUCGAAGCAUUGUUACAACCGACACAGAUGGUGACAAGUUCCCAUGGAAGUAAAAAGCAAUCCAGAUAGUUUAUUUUUAAAAGAUCUAGCUAGAUUUGCUAAUUUUUACACUUUCUUUUUUUUCUUUAUAAAGUCAGCAAUUUGUUCGUGCCCUAGGUAACUAGGUUGUCAUUCAAAUAGGCCUUCUUGAUAGUUCUGUAAAUUUUAGUUAAGUUGCCUUUAACUAAGGUACUAUUUAGAAAAUUAUUUACCUUGAUCUGAGGGAUUGUAGUGCACCUGAUCAUUAUACAAGAUACAACCACAGUAUGUUUUAUUUUUUUGUGAUAUUUCAUUGUGAGUUGUAAAAUUUAUUAAAAGUUUAUUUAUUAUUUGCUCAUGCAAGACCAAUAUUUUACAGUGUUUAUAUUGUUUCUGAAAUAAUGUGUUUUAUGUACUGAAAGCAUAUUAAAUGAUACAAUGUUA